UACACACAUACGGGCAGUAUCACGCGUGCGUACGACAGUGAGUUUACACGCGCACGAGGGCACUGCGGAGUGCUGAUUACCGCGCGCGCUAAAAAAGAUCACAGUCUCGUGCAGUGAUUCCACCUCCUGGUUUAUUAAUCGAACUGGGUCGUUUUUUUGAACGCAGAGGACACUUUUGAAUUUGAAAUGAACGGAGACACUGGAGUGAUUCCGCCCGUUGGAUUGCACUUGUCUCAAGACUGAACCCGUCCCACACCCGACGUCCUUAAAGAAAACGAGGAGACUUGGCUGAUGCAUCUCGGCGCGAGCGUCCAUUUCACGGCAAUUACAGUUGGAAGCAAAAGGGGGGGGGGGACGGUCUGCAAUCCUCCGAAGAGAUCCCCUGUUUAUCUUCAGCCUCAAGCCAGCGCAAUAGUACCCACACGUUCGCUGCGAGCGUAAAAGUAACCCGACGGCUGACAUUCAAAGCGAAGAGUCACUUUUUCUCCAUUUACACGGGAGACAGUGUCGCUCGUUAUUUCUUUUGGGGGAACACAUUGCAACCAAACUGCGUCUCGUGGUGCUCAUCUGCGGUCUCUCUCUCUCUCUCUCUCUCUCUCUCUCUCUCUCUCCGUUUGUGCCGAACGACUCGAGGAAUACCCUUCAAGUUUUCCCUUGGAAGUUGCGCAUUGUCAAAAUGGGAUUUGGUGGCUUUUUCGCCGUGCCCGGUAAAUGCCUUGUUGUCCUCGGACUAAAAUUGUUGUUCCUUAUACCUGCAGGAGUUCCGGCAAGAAGCGGGGACUCUUUAUUAAAGGACAACAUCACCGUGAGACAAGGGGACAGCGCCGUCCUAAAAUGCAGCGUGGACAGCAAGGUGACGCGGGUGGCCUGGCUGAACCGCACCACCAUCCUGUUUGCGGGCAGCGAGAAGUGGACCCUGGACCCCCGCGUGGUGCUCAUGGAGAACACGCCGGUCAGCGAGUAUAGCAUCAAGAUCCUCAGUGUGGACGUCCACGACGAGGGCCCCUACGUGUGCACCAUCCUCACCAACAAGAAGCCCAAGUCCACCAAGGUUCACCUCAUCGUUCAAGUGCCUGCCAGAAUCACCAAUAUAUCCCAGGCCGUGACGGUCAACGAGGGCAGCAACGUCAACCUGGUGUGUCUGGCCCUCGGUCGGCCGGAGCCCAGCGUGGUGUGGAAGCAUCACUCUGUGAGAGGUGUACGCAAGUUUGUCAUGGACGGGGAACACCUGGAGCUGAGAGGCAUCACCAAAGAGCAGUCAGGAUCAUACGAGUGCAUGGCCUCCAAUGACAUCUCCACCCCUGAUACCAGGACCGUGCAGGUCGUCGUCAACUACCCUCCGUCCAUCUCCAAGGCCCGGACCACCGGCACACCCGUGGGACAGAAGGGCAUUCUCCAAUGCGAAGCCUCCGCGGUUCCCAGACCAGACUUUGAGUGGUACAAAGAAGACCGCAGGCUUUUCAACGGGCUGAACGGCGUGAAGAUAGAGAACCAGGGGAAAAUAUCCAUGCUUGUGUUCUUCAACGUCUCAGAAGAAGAUUACGGGAACUACACGUGUGUGGCCAUGAACAAGAUGGGGAUCACCAACGCCAGCAUAAUCCUAUAUGGACCAGGUGCCAUGCAUGAUGUCAAUGGCGCUGCUCUGUCGCCCUACUGCGCCCAAAGCCUGGCUCUGACCGUCACCUUAUUGCACCUCCUCAAGUUCUGAUGUGAGUCACGGCCACCCUCCCUCCCUCCAGACUAACGGUCGAAUACGAAGAUGAACAGAAAGCCCAGAAACAGCAGUGGUCCUCCCUUGGAAGUGUGUGUGUUGGGGUAUGUGUGUGUAUGUGUGUAUGUUUGUGUGUAUCUGGGUGUGUGGACGUGUGUGUGUGUACGUAGUGUGUGUGUGUGUGUGUGUGUGUGUGUGUGUGUGUGUGUGUGUGUGUGUGGACGUGUAUGUGUACGUGUGUGUGUGUGUGUGUGUGUGUGUGUGUGUGUGUGUGUGUGUGUGUGUGUGUGUGUGUGUGUGUUUGUCCUGGUUUUACACCGGGCUAUGAACUCCACCACCAGAUGAAGGGGUGCCCCACAGUGGAGGAGGAGGGAAUCAUUCCGUGCACUGAAGAGAUGAUGGUAGGGCCGCUGGCCUAAGAGUCCCCACCUCACCCCAACCCCCCGUCCCCCCCGCUCCCCUCUUUCGUAUGUAAAAUGGGAAAAACUAAAACAUUAAUGUAAAUGUUGAUAGUUGACAGUUUUUUGCCCAAUAUUGGAGUGUACAUUAAGAUAAUUAGUGUGUCACGUCUUGUUCAAUCUCUGUAUGAUUUUUUUUAAGUAAAUGAACAUAAAAAGGAAAAAAAUGCUAUGUGAUUGGUGAAUUUUACUGUAUUUUUACAGUUGUAUGCAACACAAAAUGAAAGCAUUCUAUAUGAACUCAAUGUUCUGCAUAAAAUAAUAUUACUAUUAUUUCUCAGGCAAAGCCCUACAUCAUGGUACAUAAUACAUUUUGAGAAUCUUUAUUUCUGUAUGCGUGCGUGUGCGUCUGUGUGUGUGUGUGCGCGUAGAAUGUACAAAUGUGUACAGUGGAUUCCAGCCUUUGUUUUAAAAAUGAUACUGUAUUUAAACCUGGUAUGUUUUAACACCAACUGUUAGAAAGCAGCUAUCCGUAAGUAUUUAUGUAACAUAAGUGUCAUACAUGAUCGACUCUCAAGUCCAAAUAUGGCAACCAUAAACCAUGACGCUGUAGCUUAAGUUCACUUUGCAGAUACUUGGCAAGGAAAAAGCAACAAGGACAACAUAGCAUCUUUUCAACGAAGGUCGUUGUUCUGUCCUCUGGAGGUCACAGGGUAUGGGCAACGAUGCAACACCAUUCACAGCUCUAGCUUAAAAGCCAAAGCCUCUUUGAGGUCAUUGAGGAUUAAAGUUUGGAGAAUAGAGGGUACGGGACAUCGGCAGUCUGUCCAACAUAAAAGGCUUCUUGUUUUGGGAAUUGAAUCAUCACAGAUUAGCUGUGAUCUGCAAUACGGGACCUUGCACGAAACAAAACGCUUGAUGCAGGCCUUAGCCAAACAUAAAAUGUAAGUACGACAUGCUUUAUAGCUCAUACUCGCUAGUUAGUUCGCUAUAUUUACCCACAGAACAAAAAAUCGAUUGACCUUUUUAAAUCAGCUUUUCAUUUUUCUAUUCCACCCGGGGAGGGUUAAAUGUACGUCACCUAUGACACCUAUGUUGCAUGAAUACCUCAGGAAUGUACCUCAAGAAAUGCAUCAAAGUGGAUGAAUUUGUAGCUGACAUGAAGCUUUUGUUUAGGCAUGUGGUGUUUGGCAGGUAUUUGGCUUGGCCCCCAAUGGACGCUCUACACCAAAAUGUUCACACUGCAGGUCUAACGCGUUAACUUAACUCUGGGUUUGUUCCUCUGAGCGUAACGCCGUCAGUACAAGUACAUGGUCCAUGCUGGUCCAUUGGUUAACCUGAUUGAGAAACGCCAGAUUAAAUGUUGUUAGCUACAUCUUCACUGUGCUAUGACAAACAUGCUACACAGGUCCAUUCUAAACUGCAGGAACUGCUGUAACGUUUUGUUGAGCGAUUGCUUUUAGAAACAGUCGUAGUGAGGGUGUGUGUUGCUUAUCGCUGUUGUUGGAGAUCCCUCCCGCAAAAGUGUGUAUGCAUGGCUGUAAAGAGAGCUUUCUUUGUGGAAAAAAAAUUGUGGAAAACCUUUGACAGAAUUGCCAUGCUUUCAUAACCCAAAAUAAAGCAUUCUGAUUAUGUUGCCCGGUUAAUGUUUGGUAGAAAUGUAAACUAACACAAAUUACAACCAGAGCAUUUGGGUGAAUUCAUUUCUGAUCUCUGGCAUCUGGCCUCUGGCUGAAUGUUUUUAGAAAAUAUGAGUCCCAGUGCUACUUUCAGUCUCCUACUCAGACGUAGAGUCAUUCAGCAAACCAACCUUGUUUUGUAAGGGUGGAUGACCCGCGUCAAGCAAGUCUCAAGUCUCGGACAGUUUCACAAACAAUUAUCACAAGUGAACAAAGGUUGGUCAACUAUAACGCUGCUGCUAAAUCCACGUACUCUGGGCCGCCACGCACACAACAACCUUCUUUAAAGGGAAUCUUCAACAAUGGAGGGCGACGCUGUUAGAAUGACACCAGAGUGCGGUCCUUUUUAGGCGGUAUUACUUUGGCUGCCUCAGUUGAUAUAUGCAGACAUUUCCAGCAAAGAGUAUAACAUACACAUACAGCACAAGCGACUUGAUGAUUUGAUGAUGCACUGUAAUUGACUGUAUACUUAGGGUAGGAAGAAGUUUAGACAGCGGAGGAUAGAGGGCAGUAAGGGGGAGAGUUGCUGUUUUGAUGAGUGUUUGUGAAGUUGGUGAAGCAGCCAGUGGUAAAAUUCGUGGAAAGAUGUAAAAUAACAUGUGAGGGGAAGUAGAAAACAUAAAAAAACAGCUAAUACUCUUAUUGUUCCAAAAAAUAUACCCCGUUAAAACCAUAUACAAUCACGUAUAUUGAUGUCAAUAAGCCUUAGCCACAUUCUUUAUUUGAAUUCCCUAUUAAAAAAAAGUUGUAUUUUUGCAUAUGAUGCCUUGAAGGAAAAAGUAUUAGCACAGUCUAAUGGCUUUUCUAAAAAUUUAAGGUUGUUCUUGCUGUAUUCCUUAAUUAAAUAAUAUUGUUAACAUGUUCAAUCCAUAAUCCUGGGAGAAAUAUGCACAACACUCCUCGUCUCAUGUGAGCUUACGACGUAUGACCGCACUGACUGCUGCAUUGUUCAACUGUUUGGUACAUGUUUUUGGUACAAUGUUGGGGAAAAAAACAUUGUUAAAUAUGAAUCAAUGGUCAUCGAGUUGGAAAUGAUUACUGUUGUGGAAUGGAAUAAUUGUAUCAUUUGAUUGCAGAUAAUUGUCCAUAAAAUGUUAAAACUGGGAUUUCAUUGCAAUUAUUUGUUGUGUGAUCAACCCUUGCUCCACUCAUGGAAACGUUCUGAGCGAUGUUUAGGUUGGAUGUUAUUGUUUACAAAUGUUUCCGAUUUAGAUAUGGAUUGAGUCAGUUCAAUUCCAAUAUGGCAGAGCCAGACUCCCUGUAAUAUUGAUGAAUAAAUAUAUUAGCACUGGGUAAUGAACAUAAAAGGUUAAACUACACUAUACUGCACGUAGUGAUAUUGCUAAGGGCAAAAAAAAAAAUUGAAUUGUUAUUUUACAAAUGAUGGGUUAUUUGCACAGAACAUGGCAACAUUGUAUUCAUAUCUCUUCAUCGUUAGCAAUAAAAAUAUAUAGAUGGUCCCAUUCCAGAUAUUAUACAGCAAACUUAAUCCCAACUGCUGCUUGAGGUAGUAGUAAAAAAGACAUUCAACAACAAUAAACGCUCCCUUCAUGACAAGAGUCGACAGACUAUUUAGCCUAAUUGGGUUACUGCACAAUGCAGCAGACAGAAUGACUAGCAAGGGAAAUGUUCCAUUUGUGUUUCAUGACAAACCUGAAGUGCUGUGACAAUCUGCCUCAGGGCUGAACACGGAACAUCACGGCCAGCCAUCUAGCCAAAUACUAUUGGUCUCUUGCUACACUGACGUUGGAAGGGAGAGAUUAAGCAGUACAAAAAGUUGUAUUUCUCUAAUUUCUCUCUCAGCAUAACAGAUCAAAACAUUAUAUGGGACAGCUGCCUUGAGUUUGGUUUCAACUUGUUCAACUGCUCACUUUUUUUUUUAUAUAUAGUUUGUGCUAAAAUUAAAUAUUGAAAAGCUCUAUAAAUACGUUCAACAUGCUACACUCAUUUAGUGGUGUGGGAUUAUGGUCAAAGCUGGCCCUCACAUAUUUCAAGGCAAGGCACAACAUAGACCAUGCAGCUGAAGUAAGCCUUGGAUAUGCCUCAUAAAAUGAUGAUCAGGCCAUGUGUAUAGAAUCAGAAGCAGGAUGGUGGUUGAGUUCCAAAAUAGGAUUUGGGUUGCUGAUUGUUUUUUUUGUUUUUUUUGUUCCCUUAUACCACAUGUAGACCAUAUUGCUUGUCAAUAGGAAAACACAUAUUCUUAAGGUGGCAUUGAUUGCACCUGCACCGGAAACUUUUGUGCUAGCCUACUUGAGUUGUAUGAAGUUCGGUUUCAAUGCGGGACCUGGCUUGAGAAUAAUUUUUGACUGUAUUGCAUAAAAAUCAAAGCCA